AUGUUCGUCGGCGGCUUCUUCAUACGCUCAGCCACCCCUCUCUCCAAUCUCUUCACCCUCCCCUCCAUCUUCUCUCGCUCCCCUCCUCCCUCUUUCGUCCGCUCCUCUCUCGCUACAAUAACCGACUACUUCCGCGACGCACUCGCCAUCUGUCAGCUCUUCUGGCCCCUUUUCCUCAUCAUGUUCUGCAUCAGCCUCUUCGCUUGCUUCGUUCAGCAAUACAUCUUCUCCAUGCUGGCCUUUGUCUCUCGCAACCUUGCCAAUGGCAUGCGGAGAGUUUAUUUACCUCUCUUCAACUUGGCUAGGCCAACCAUUGAUCGAGUUAUCAAGCUAUUACCAAAAAACUUGAAUCUACUCAAAAAGAGCAAGAAAAAGACUAGCGGUAGACCACGAUCUGUUUCCGAUAAGAGUGGUCCUCGCUAA